ACGGAUUAAUAGCGAGUUUAAUCACAAGAAGAAGAAGAGAGAGAAAAAAAGAGAGAGAAGAAAUCACACCGCAUUAGCAGCAGCAAAAGAUUUCCUCGUUUCGCUUCACGAAUUUUUGUUGCCCUCGCCCAAUCCACAGCGCGAGGAGAGGGAGUUCUCGCGGCGAUUUCUCGUCGCCCCUCUCGGCCGCUGCCGGGAUCGCAGCUCGCAAGUUUUGGAAAGGAAACAGGUUGAUGAAGUUGGUCAAAGGGAGCAAGGUGGAGGUGUUGCAGGAAGCGGAGGUGCCCCUAGGUUCUUGGAGGGGUGCUGAGAUUGUAUUAGGCAAUGGGCAGAGCUUCUAUGUGAGAUAUGAUCCUUCUCCAGUUGACUCUUGCGCCGCUGUCGAGAGGGUGCAGAGAAGGUUGAUAAGGCCUUGCCCCCCUCGAGACGAUUCAGUAUGCUGGGCUGUGGGCGACAUCCUUGAGGCCUUUGAUAGCUACUCAUGGAAGAUUGCUGAGAUGGUGAGAGUGCUUGGCAAGGAUUUCUAUCUCGUCAGGCUCCUCGGAUCUUCGCUGGAGCUGAGAACACAUGCGUCGGAACUUCGGUUGAGGAAGCAUUGGAAAGAUGGCAAAUGGACUGUUCUUCAGAAGGAUUCUACAAAGUGCUUCGGUGGUUCAUUCAGAGGUCAACCAAAAUCUGGAAAUCUUGGAAGCAAUUUUGGCAAGCAAAGGCAGCCAUAUUGUGCAAUGGACAACAAUCUUCUACUGAAGAACCAAAAAGCUUUGGAGGGUGAUAAGUCUAGAGGCAUGAAGAGAAAAUCAUCUGCUAUUACACACCCAACCCAGUGCAGUGAAGUGACUAGAGGCAUGAAGAGAUUACAGACACCCCAUAGAGAUGGAAGGCACGCAGCGCUGGUUGCUGGAGUUUCUCCUCGUUUGGCUGAAAAGGGCCGAAGUCGGAGGCUUGUAAAGCAUCCUUCUGUAGGUCCAUGUCGAUGGAGGAGUCUGCCACAUGGUUUGCUGUAUGUUAAAUGUGGCAACAUUCCAUCGAACUUCUGUUGGUACCUUGUUUGUUUUUGUUAUUCCUUUUGCUUUAGUAUUAUCUUUUCUGCUGCCUUUUCUUGUGAUUGGCCACUAAAUUUCUCGAGAACAUUAUGAAGUGCAUAAUUUCCAUAAGUUUACACCACAUUCAUAGAAAAUAAACAAAAGUACAUGGUAGGCACAUCUGGAUCAAUUACCACUAAAAAAAGGAAGAUGAACUUAUUUUCAUAUUGACAUAUUUUGAUAUAUUUUUUUCUCUUUAGAAUGUGAGGCAACUGAGAGGAGUACCUGCAGAUUUUGCAUGACAUGGUAAAUAGUGUUUACAAUUGGUAAGUUUAAAUUUGUAGGUCAGUAAUGAUAAUACAAUUAUAAACAUCGUAGUUCUAACCAUGUGAUUUUUAACACCUAUUUGCAAUAUGCACAUUACCCUUUGUUACCAAAAACAGAAAUUACAGAGGGAUCUUCAAUCUGAAUAUGACCUGCAAAGACUUUGUAAGAGGCCUUAUUUCAAGGUAUAUAUGGUGACUACUGAAUUAAUGUAUGCACCAUGGCAUUGUUGAUCACUGAGGCAUCUAGCUGGCUUGUUGAAUUCCAUCACAAGUCACUCCUUAGUGCAUGACUUAUUAUAGUUGACUCACAUGGUUGCUUAGUGUUGUUUGAAUGAGUUUUACCAUCUAAUAUUUCUACAUAUGGAUGCACAAAUAUUGUAUUAGACAUAUGGAUGCUUCCCACAGUGCUCUAUCGUUGUUUCAUGAUAUCCUAGGAAGCUCAAUUUCUAUGUUCAGAAGAGUGUGAUGCUGAAUUGUUUUUGCUUAGGAGAGAGUGUGCAGUCAGCUCAACUUUCCUAUGCAGAUAAGUUGUUUGCAGUAUGAAAAGCAGGGAAAAUUUCCAAAAGAUUACUGGUGGUGUCACUUUGUCAACAACAACUACUUGUGUUACUGGUGGUCAAUACCUUCAAGAACUCACGUGAGUUUGCUAAGUUGAGGACCUGCAACUGACUUCCAAUUAAACAGAAGUUAAGGUAGGCAGGCGCACCUUGCAAUUCGCAGCAGCAAGUCAGGUGAGGAUGCACCAUAUUGUUUGCCUCACCUGUACUCGUAUCUGCAAAAUAUAAUUUACCUCUUUUAAUGUUCAUCUGGAAAAUUACUCUUUAAUUCAGAUGCUUCACAAGGACUCAGGAGGUUCUCACGCAAAACGUGUGUCAUGGUGUUUGUGUGUCAAUCAUUAUUUGUUUUUAAUUGCAAGCAUUUCAAGUGGCUUGUUUGGCAGCAAAGUGUUACAAUUUAUUAGAGUACAAUUAAUUAUGUCCUGAAUUAAUGAUCAAAGUACGAGACACGCACUGAAAAAGGCUAGAGAGUUCUUGGCCGUCUUCUGUUCUGUGAUUGUGGCAUCUUGCAUGCAGCUGGUAUACUUUGAUGGCUCCUAGCUGCAAUUCUUUAAGUUGUAGUACAGUGUAAUAUGCCAUUACUUGUUCCGGAUGUACUGAAAGAUGUAAAGUUGCUAGAUCUGCAUUGCUACGAAUAAUUUGUUCAGGUUGCACGCAUUUGACAAGUUCCCUUUUCAGAAGAAGCAUUAUAUGGUGCACCUGGUGUUUUCAGAUGAGCAAGUGAGAAACCUCCGUUGAAGCCAACUGCAAGCAAAGAAUAUAUGGAACAUGUCCUUUGUCUCAUUAGUUUGUAUUAAACCGAUGGUGAUGCAUUCCUUUUAAUUCCAUAAAAAUAUAUGAUGUGUUUGUUAUUGAACUGUGUAAUAAUACAGACAAAUGUCUGUUCAAAUAAAGAGUCACUCUUUUAUUCUCUCA